AUGGAGGGCAUGCUGGAGAAGGGGAAGUCGAUGAAGCACGAGGAGCAGGUGCAGUUCGCGGCGUUCAAGCAGUUCUGCGACGACACCAGCGCCGCCAAGGAGGCCGCCAUCAAGAAGGCCGCCGAGAAGAUCGAGGUCCUCAAGGCCGACAUCGAGAUGCACAUGGCCAACAUCGCCAAGCUGUCGAAGGAGAUCGCAGAGCACGAGGCCGACAUCACCGCCUGGACGGGCGACAUGAAGGCCGCAACCAAGGUGCGCGAGAUCGAGAAGGCCGCCUACGACGACAUGCACAAGGACCUGUCGGAGUCUGUCUCUGCGCUGGAGCGCGCCAUCCAGGUGCUGAAGACGCAGGCGUACGACCGGAAGCAGGCCUCCUUCGUGCAGGUCGCCGCCCUGAAGCAGCUAAGGCUCAUCCCCGAGCGCGCCAAGCGGGCGCUCACCGCCUUCCUCCAGGAGGACCCCGAGUCCGACCCCCUGAGCGUGACGGCCCCAGAGGCAUUCGGCUACGAGUUCCAGUCGCACAGCAUCAUCUCCAUGCUGGAGAAGCUGCUCGACGAGUUCAUCGAAGAGCGCACCAAGCUGGAGAAGGAGGAGAGCAACUCGAUCCACCAGUACAAGAUGCUGAUGCAGGACCUCACCAAACAGACCGAGCAGGCAAAGUUCGACGCCUCGCAGAAGUCCGAGCUCGUGGCGAAGAACAAGGAGGACAUGGCCAGCGCGGAGGGCGAGCUCGCCGAGACCAAGGACCUGAUGGACGCGGACCAGAAGUACCUGGACGACCUCACCGCCGAGUGCACCCAGAAGGCGGCGGACUUCGAGUCCCGUCAGCAGCUCCGCGCGGAGGAGCUCGUCGCCAUCGAAAAGGCCAUCCAUCAUCUCCAGCUCUUCCGUGAAGGGCCACGCAGAGACGCACUUGCCGUCCAUGCUGCAGAAGGCGAAGGGGCAUUCCCUCGCCGCCCUACGGGUCGACGCCACCUCGCAGCAGCUGCAGGACCAUGUGGCGCAGUACCUGCAGCGCCAGGCCCACCGCACGGGCAGCCGUGUGUUGUCGUUGCUGGCUGUGCGCGUGCGCGAGGACCCGUUCGGUAA